AUGGAAUUUGCACAGCAGCAACAUCAGCAAAUACAGAAGCCAGAGUAUCUUUCGGGCCCGUCGCAUUGGUCACGCGGUCCAAGUCCCUUGCGGCAUCUGGUCGGCACUCCGCAGUCGCCCACGGAGGCAUCAGAAGGUACUAUUCGAGGUGGCGAAAUUACACCCCGCAGACGCGACAGUAUUGUCGCAGACCCUAGCACGUUGAUUUCUCAUGUUUGUCUUUGGGGAGUCAAUGGGCCAUGUGAAAGCGGUGGCUUUGCAACGAAGGAAGAGCUCAAUUGGCACGUGAAAGCUGAGCAUUUGUUGGUUUGCCCUGUUCUUGGGUGUACAGAAUCAUCAUUCGAGGAUGCCUCACUGGUUGAUGUCCAUUUGAGAUGGUCUCAUAAGAGUAGUGUUCUGAAAAUCGAUCAACAAGUUCGUCGUUCCAGUGACUUGCUCAACACAUCGGCGAUGAAGAGGUCUUCGUCUUCAGAUCAACCGAAUUACCCAGCCAGCACAAAAAUCCCAUGUUUGCCUCAAUUACGCAAGGAGGAGAUGAGACUUAGGAUGGAUAUGACGAUCGCGACUUCCAAGAAAAAGUGUCGGGAGCAGCUGCGGAGUGUGAUUGACAAGAAGUCCAAGAGACAAGCAGCUGUAACGCCGAGAUCUAUCGAGAGUCCUAGUAUGAUGAUGAGAAGUUGGACCCCCAAGGUAAUUGAAUCAGUCAGUUUUCCCGUCGUUUGGGAACAUGGGGUAUUGCCCUUUCUCGUCGAAUUGAUGCCAAAAUGGUGCGGCCCUGGCCACGUGAUAAGCGUUAUACGCGGAAAGAAACGAGACGCGCGAAGGAUCUGCAUAAUGACGGCUACACCUAUGUCGAAAGCCCGCAAGAUUAUGAUUGCAGGUCAUGUGCGCGACCUACUACCUGAUGCAUACAGGGGUAAUAUCAAUUUCGUGUUCUCCGUUGGUGACGUCGAACGUCUUACUUGGGCUAGGGGUCUCAGCAAAGACAUGCCAGACGAUAUUUGCAUCCCACGAAACCCGUUUUGUUAUGUCAGUCCUCAGAUGGGAGACAGCAUAGGCAUGGUUCUACCAGAUGGUGAUACCACCGCUACGUUGGGGCCGUGCCUCAAGAUUGGGGAUGCAGCAUUCUGGCUCGCCAAUUUUCAUCCAUUCGUAGAAGCUGAUCUAAAUGGCGAUCCUGUGAACGUCGAGCAUCCCUCGCCUGAAGAUCGUGACCGAUGUUCUAGCGAGAAUCAUGACGCCUUGGACAGCGCAGAAAUUGAUGUCCGGUUGGGUACCCUGACAGCGACUUCGGGGUAUGACUUGAAGACAACACGCAUCACUCAUGAUCCCUAUUGGGAAGAUUGCGAGAAAGAGCCGCCGCUCGUUGUGACUGAUUGGUCUUUGAUAUCGUCAAAAAGUCGACAGGCCAACAUGCUUCGAAAAUUUCCCAGCACGGCAACUCCUCAGAGAGAUGUGCCCAUUACUAAAUCGAGCAGUGUUGUACCCGGUGUCGAAGUUUGCUCUACCGGUCGGACGUCUGGUUUCAAGCAUGGUCAAGUAUGCGAGAUUCCAGCAUAUCUCGACGGCCGAAAGAACGGUACAGGGAAGGCAACUCGGGAGUGGUUUAUUGAAGAGCAGUUCGAGAAUGAGAGCGAAGAGUCUUGGAUCCGUGGUGGUAUGGGCGUCCCAGGUGACAGUGGGGCUGCCGUGGUUGAUUGUGAGACAAAUGCAUUGAUCGGGCAACUCUGGGGGCGUAAUAAGUAUUUCGGGCCCGGUCCCAGGCUGACUUUCUUCACGCCCGUUUUUGACAUCUUUGAUGACAUCCAAGAGCGAUGUGGAGAACAGACACGCCCACAGCUACCGCAAUACCGGGAAGAAGCAGACCGAUGGCCUGCAUACCCUAUCUGCAGACCUUGUUUUGACCUUCAGGAGUACAUGGCUAGUCGCCGAAGUUCUCGCGAGUCGCUGAUAUCCAUGAUCCCUGGGGCUGGUAUACUGGCGGACAAAGAAAACGAUCUGAACUCGGUUUCUGAACUCGCUACCCCAAGAGAGUGCGGUGAUCAGGCGUAUUGGAUCCGACAUGCAGGCACAGAAGAUGCUGGAUCCUUUUUCGGAAGUGUAGUCUCACCCACGCCUGUGAUGAGCACAUUUUUCUAUAAUCCUCACGUUGCUUCACCGAGGCCGCACGUGUUGGAGAUGAAGAGUCCCUACGCGUUGGACUUACACGACGAUGAUCUCCAUGACGCUGGCAUUGACAGCUCGUAUAGCGGCCUGGGGAAGCGGCAGAUAGGUUCGGUGGCUUUGAUGAGGAGUGGCAGUCAACAAUCAGGCAAGAAGAGAAGGAUCAUGUAA